ACGGUUUGAACAAUAGGUUAAUGGAAAACAUGACUGUUAAAUUAUUGAAGAAAAUUGGACAAUUUGAAAAAAUUGAGGCUCUGAAAGGAAAGAAUCUCCCUUGUCCUUUGGAUACUUAUUUAACUGAUUCUGCUUAUUCUGAUAUUUACAAAACAACCAUUACAAGUGAUUAUGGUACUGACGAUGGGUUUCAUAUGAAUGAUGAUGUACAGAUUGUUGAUGAUGAUGAUGAUGAUAUUGUUGAUGUCUCUACCAGUGAAAGAAUUGAAGUAAUAAAAGAAGAAAAUUCGACAUUAACUGAAACCUCUUCACGUCCGUUAACUAAGCCUGUGCUCACAAUUUGUCUAGAUGACAGCGACUUUGACAGUGACGAAGAAACAUGCUGUUUAGAAGAAGAAGUCGAAACCAGUAAGAAAUCUUUGGAAUACCAAAGUAGUCGGAGGCAACAAGAUAAAGAAUCAUUCAAUAAAAGAAACCAUAAGCCAAUUGAGAAAGUUAAGAAUGAGGAAGAUAUAAAAGUAGAUUUAUCUUUAGAAUAUAUUUCAGGUGAUGAACAAGUAAAUAGUGAUGCGAGUCACACAAAAUCGAACUUGAUCUCAAACAAGCCUCUAGUUGUAGGUUGCGGUGGAAAAGAAGAUAAACUUCGAUCUGGUAUAUAUAAAAAUGUGACUGAAGUGUCAGUUGUAGAUACUGAAAUUGUUGAAAUUUCUGAUGACGAAUAUGAAGUAAGUCUUGAAUCCAUAAACAAUGAGAGAGAUAAAGUAAGCAACACCAAAUCUGAGACAUGCGCUAUAAAUUCAAUCAUUUCCAUGGAUCAAAUUCCAACUGAAAAGGCUCAGAAUGACAGUUUUCGUGAAGUUUAUAAACUUAAUACUUCCUCAGCUCCCAAUAUCAUGGAUGAGGAAACUAUAAACAAUGAGAGAGAUGAAGUGAACCAUACCACAUCCAAUACAUGUGUCAUUGAUUCAAUUUCCAUGGUGAAAAUACCAACUGGAAAGAUUCAAAAUGACAGCUCUUCUGAGGUUCAUAAAAUUAAUAGUCUGUCGUUAAUAUCCUCAACUUCCAAUAUCUUGGAUGUACAUACUAGAAAAGACCAGAAUGUUGCAGAAGAUGAUUUUGAAUUUAAUUCAUCUGUGGUCAACUGUAAUAAGCAACAAAAUUUAUCAACACCCAUGAAUAAGGAAAUGAACAAAGAUCUAAUAACAAUUCAUGAAUCAAAUAAUAAAAGCUGCCUAAAAGAAAAGUCUAAAGGAAAAUCAUCUUUAGGAAAAACCUCAACCAUUUCGAAGGAACUUGAAAUAAAUGACUCGUGUUCAUCUGUUCAAAUAAACGAAAAUAUGAUGAAAAGCAUGGAGGAUGGCAUUGAUAACUAUGAUAGUGAAAGAUCUAAAGAAGUACUAUCAGAAUUUGGGUCUUCAGGACUGACUCCAAAUAUUUCUGAGGAAACUGUGUUUGAAGAAACAGAUUCUAGAAAGUUGAUAUUGGAAGACGAACCUGGCUUACCGAUUCCAAUGAAAGAAUCUGUAAUUGAAAUGAUGGAAAAGCGGGAAAAUAGUAACUCUGAUGAUGAAAUGUCUCUAGAAGGAUCAUUGCAGUAUAAAUCGUUGGGACCGUUUCAAAAUAUUUCCAAGGUGACUCUAGCUGAAAGGAAUUGUAGAAAGAUAUCAGAUGAGACCCCAACUUCACCUAUUCAAGAGAACGAAGAUAUAUUGGAAGUGAUUAAAGAGCAGGAUAAUGAUAUUUUCGAAAAAAAGGCGUGUGAAAAACGCUCAUUGGAGCAUGGACCUGUAGAAAUAAUUUCAACUAUCAAUGAGACUGAAUCCGAAAGGAAUUCUAGAAAGUUGCCAGUGGUUGAAAAACCAUGUUCAUCUAUUCAAGUAAACGCAGAUGUAAUUGAAGAGAGCAAUGACUGCUCUCAAAAUGAACAGUCUAUAGGAUCACCAGAGCUUGAAUCUUUAGAAAUAACUCCAAAUAUUUCCAAAGAGACUGCAUUUGAAAUGAAUUCUGGAAUAUCAGCAUAUGAAAAAUCAUCUUCAUCUAUUCAAGUAAACGCAGAUGUGAUUAAAGUGAUGGAUGGGCAGAGCAAUGAUUGCUCUCGAAAUGAACAGUCUAAAAGAUCAUCAGAGCUUGAAUCUUCAGAAAUAACUAGAAAUAUUUUGAAAGAUACUGCAUUUGAAAUGAAUUCUGGAAUAUCCGUAGAUGAAAAACCAUUUUCAUCUAUUCAAGUAAAUGCAGAUGUAAUCGAAGUGACCGAUGAACAAAGCAAUGGCAGCUGUCAAAAUGAAGAGUCUGAGGAAGAACUCAAAUCUUCAGAAACAACUCCAAGUAUUUCUAAGAAGACUGCAUUUGAAAUGAAUUGUAUGAAGUUGCCUCCAGCAGAUGAAGAAUCAUGUUCAUCUAUUCAAGUAAAUACAGAUGUAAUUGAAGUGCCACAAGUAGAUAAAAUAACAUGUCCAUCAUUUCAAGUAAACGUAGACGUAAUCGAAGUUACAGAUGAACAGGGCGAUGACUGCUGUCAAAAUGAUGUAACAGAAUUGAUGGAUGCUCAGGGCAAUAUCUGUCAAAGUGAACAGUCUGAAGAAGAAUUAUUAGAGAAUGUAUCUGUAGGAUUAACAUCAAUGAUUUCAAAAGAAACUUUGCUUGAAACAACAAACGAGUUUGCACUAGGAGAUAAAAAAGCAUGUUCAUCUAAUGUAAUAAACGAAAAUGUAAUGGAAGUGAUGAAUACGGACAUUGCUUGCUAUCAAAAGGAAAUGUUUAAAGAAGAAUCAUCAGAGUUUCAAUCUUUAUCAAUAACUGAAAAUAUUUUGAAGGAGAGUCUGUUUGGAAAGAGUUCUGGGAAGAUGCUUCCAGAAGAUGAGUCUUCUAGCACUAUUAUUCAAAUACAAGAAGUUGAAAUGGUGGAUAGUCCACCCACUCAAGUGAAAGAAGGUAUAAUACGAAUGACAAAUGAAGUUUAUAAAGAAAUAUCUUCACACUGUGAGUCGUCACUUGCUUGUAAUACUGUUUCUAAGGAGGUUCUAGUUGAAAUUAAUCCCAGAAAGCUCACCAAUACAUGUGAAAAAGAAAUCCUAAGUGAGGAAUUUUCAGAAUUAGAAUCAACUUCCAGAAAGUUAUCUACAGAAGAUGACAAACUAGAAGAAUGCUCACCAUAUAAAAUUAGUGAAGAGGUUUCUAGUAAUUAUUCUGAAUCUCCGUUUGAUUCCAAAAACUUGGUAAUGAUUGAAAAUGAAAGCUUCGGAUCUUCAACGAUAGCACAUCCCAAAGAUAUCCCAUGUAUUUUAGAUCUGUGUUAUGGAACAGAAAAAAAUAAAAAAGAAAAUGAGAGCGAUCAAAAGUUUGAGGUAAAUGUGACAGGAACAUCUGCUCUUCCUGAAAAAAAUCAAGAUGUUGAGUGUGUGGAGCAACCUGAAACUGAGAAAUAUUUAGAAAAUGAUAAACAGACAUCAAUUAACGAUCCAUUGUCUGAUUAUAAGAAUUUCGAAACAAAUAGGGUAACUGAUGAAAAAUGCAACACAAAAGAGAUCGAUUUGGCUGAUAAAAAUUAUUUUCAACAUUCAGAAGAAAUGAAUCAUGUAUGUAGUGAAGUGACACCAUCAAACGAAAACAUUACACAAUUAGUUUCUGAUACUGAGACGCAAUCCAGCAGUGACUUUGUGGGUGUACAGAUUCUUACAAAAGACGAUAUGAAUGGUGAAAGUGAAACUUCCUACAAAAAAUUAGUGGAAAAAACGAACCUGAAGGAGAGCUUCCUAUGUCCAGAAUAUAAUCCCGGUACAAGUAAAUCCUUUGCGGAGAAUUAUCUCAAAGGUUUAUCUAAAGAACAUUUAUAUCAUAACAGCAUUGAUCAUCCAACAGGAGAAAGUCAACCUGUGAUUGCGGAAGAUCAACAAUAUUCUGUGAGUAAUGCAUUAGAGCCCUAUCAGGACCAUGAGUUACCAAAUAUAAGUUCGCCAAUCGUAAAUGUUUCACAAGAAGUUAUUGAAUGUAAAACUGAAACUUAUUCAAGUGAGAGUAUCAGUGUACUUCACGAUUCAAAUGCUGCUACAAAAGUUCUUGAAACUGUUAUUCUUUCAAAGCAAAGUGAUGAGGGACAAUCUGAAGGUUUGAAGUGCAUUGAAACGUCUGGACAAAAUCCUGUAACAGAUAUUCAAAGUAAGGAGAAUGUGGAAAAUGCUCAUUGUAUUACCAAAAACAAGGAAUGCUUGGUUUCAGGAGUAUAUCAUCAUAUAAAAUCAAAUACAAAUGAAAAUUCCAAUCAAAAUACAGAUCAGAAACUGGUGGAUUCAUUAGUUUACUCUAAUGAGGUCAUUGAAAAACAAAAAUAUGGAAAUUUUUGUCUUGAAAAUGAAAAUAAUGAACUCUCUCAACCUGAAAAAUUUGACCGGGCUACAGAAGAAGUUGAAGAAACUAUUAUUGAUGAUCAACUUGUUGUUUUUCAUGAAGACUCAGAAAUUGCAUGUGAAGUAGAAGUAGGAACUGAUGACACUGUUGAACCAACUAAAAAAAUGAGAAGUUCAGAAAAGGUUGAGCAUGAAAGAGACAAUAAGUUUGAAAAACUUGUAAAUUUGAAAUUGGAAGAAUCAAAUGAAAGAAUGUUUCAAGAGGAAGGUGGGUCAAAAUUCGACAAUAAACAAGAAGAUUCAACAGACUUGAAUGAUGAGGGCACCUCCAGUAAGCAGUUACAAAAUGUAAAGUCAAAGGAAGUUAUUUCCUUAGAACAUUUUAGAAACGAUGAGGGCAAAGGUAAUGAUAAUAUAGACCACCCAAAGCUCUUUAAGCUAGGGUAUGAAGUUGAAGAAAACUCACAUACUUCCUUUUAUUAUGCCAUGGAAGUUGAAAUAAGGUCAGAAGAUAAUCAAUCCGGGCAGGACAUACGUGGGAAAAAUGUAAUUUUUGAUAUUUGUCAUCCUGAUCCGAUCAGCAAAUCAAAAGAAUCGCUUAUUCAAAACAAUGUACAAAAAAAUAUUGGGUGCACAAUGGAUAAUAUAGCAGAAAAAAAUGAAAGGUCAGAUCAAAAAGUGAAGGAAACUCAUCAUCCUACGCCUACGGAUGUUAUUCAGAUACAGAAUGAACCCUUGCUUGAAUUUCAUAAUGAAUCUGAGUAUGUCAAUGAAGUUGAGGUAGGCGAUGUAGUAUCUGAAUGUUUUCAAGAACAAAAGACUGAAAAACCUUUCUCAGACAACCUUGAACUGAUCAGAAAAAACACAUCUAGUAAAAAUGUCUCAACUACACGAAGUUCUGAAACACCUCAAUUGUCUUUUAGUCAACAGAAAUCUGGAGUAGCUAUAAAUAUUGAAAAAACUGAUUUUUCAGAUAACCUGACAAUUUGCUCUAAAGCAAUUGAUGAAAACAUUGAAUUGACCAUGUUUAAUAAACUAAAAAUGAAUGGAAUUGAUGUUUUUGUUCAAAACGAAGUUGAGCAGACACCUUCAAAACCGUUUCAUUCUUUGGAUGUACUAGCUGAUGUUGCUACAAAUGCCCUCAGAGAAAAAGUUAAAGAGGAACGAAAACAACCUUUGAGAAGAGGGAGAUCCAUGACAACUGAAAAUGAAUUUCGUAAAUCUUCAGAAAAAACUAUUCAGAAUGAAAAAAAACCGAUGAAAAAUUACUCAAAAGUCAGCAAAUCUAAAGACAGAGUUGGACAUAUGCCAAAAGCAGCACGUGCUCACCUAACACCAAAGAAAACUGUAAAAACUAUUGUUAAUGAGAAUAUACGCAUUACAAGGAGUAGCCACUUGAAAAAUAUUAGUGAAAAAGUUGAAUCCGGUUUCAAACCUCACGACUUUUUAUCAAUAGAAAAUUCAAUACCUCCUGUGAAAAAAACAUAUGCAGAUAGAAUUGUGGAUGUAAAUUUCACGAGUGAAGAUAGUAAUGACAGUGAAAGCAAUAAAUUGUUGAUUGAUGAAGGGACAAACGCAAAAUCAAAACCCUUGAAUAAAUUGAGUAACAUAGAAGAAGAUGGAAACUUUGGCAAAUCAUCAGUGGUAAACAAAAAAAAAUCCAAUGUCAAAUCAGAGUCUGUGUUGGAUAAGUUGAGUAAGUGCAAAGCAGGUGAACAUAAUGAUAACACAUCAAAAACCUUAUCAGAUACAGUUGAAGGAGAUGAAGUUGAUACUAAAAUCUCUAAAGGGAUUGGAGAGAAGAAAGUUAACAUUUAUGAUGAUGAUACUCUUGACGAAGAUUUUCAUUUUCUCUAUGAACCAAAUGUGAAAGUCACUACAAAUGAAAAUAAAAACAAUUUUGUUGAAGUUGAAACAGUUCCUUCUAUCUUCAGAUCAUUUUCAACGACACUAGAAAAUACCACAAAAAUAGAAUCUGAAAAUAAUAAACCAAUAAGAACUAAGGCAGAAAGAAAGGCAUAUCAUCCAAGUCUAAACCCAUACAUCAGUAUCAAAAGAAUUGAUGUUAACACAAGUGAAGAAAACAUUCCACUUGAGGAUCAAAAUAGGUCAAACAUUUCAGAUACGGGAAUAAUGAAAAAUAUACAAGACGAAGAAUUCAAAACAGAUUUAGAGAUAAUACAAAAAAUGAGAAAGGAAUCUGAGGAAAAAAUUUGUGAAAACAACAAAUUAUCAAUGAUUACUGAUGUCAAAGAAGUAAACAUCAGGUUAAAUGAAGAUAUUGUACUUCUAACAAAGUCAUUUGAAACUCCAAAAUUCAAUAAUGAAAACGAGAACAGUGCAGCUUCAAAUGAACAUGGCGAUUUAGAUGAAACCCCUUUGGCUGACAGAAUUAAGAAAGAAACACAAGAGGCUUCAUGCAAAACAAAUUUGUCCAAAGAAAAUAUUAUAUGUAAUGAAAUUAUUAAUAAAAAACCCAGGAAAACUUCUAAAAAAAGGAAGAUUCAUAAAAUUACAACAAAACCUAACAUACACGAUGAACAUAAAGAUCAUGUGAAACAAACAGAAGAUGAAAGUAACAACUUAAUGAAUUCCGGUAUAUUCCAGGAUCGAUUACUUGACAAAUCAGAGGCAGAAGACCAAAAUUCAGUUAUUUUGCCACCAAAACUGAGAAGAAAAUCAAUAUCUAGAGAUAAUUUGAAUAGAUCAUUCAAUUCAGUGGAAAAUAGUUUCUCUACUAGUAACAAAGAGGUUGAGGAUAAAACAUGUAUGCCACCCCCGAAAUUAAGAGGGAAAUCAUCCUCGAUUUGUGAACGAUUCAAAGAACAAGACACUGAAUUAAGAUGGAAAUGUAAAAACACAGUUUCUCAAACAACAGAGAAAUUGAAGAAAAAGUUAUAUGAAGGAGAUUCGGUUGAUGUAGAACCGCAAUUUGUAUUAGGUGCAAAACAAAAGGAAAUUUCGGUCUCAAAUGAAAGUCUGGAUGAUUCACCAUUGCCACAAAAAAUAUUCGAAAGUACUUUUGGAGAAACAAUUUAUGAACCCAUAGCCACUCAUUGCGAUAAAUCACAAAAAUCUGACCUUUUUAAUUCACAAUCAUUUAAAGAUGGAAUGGCAUCUGAUGAAGGAAAUAAACAGAUAUCUGUUCAAAGCAGCAAAGAGGAUAACCCAAAUGAAAAUAUACAGAACCUAUCAUUGACUCUCCAAGGAAAAAUUGAAGUCGACGAAAUUGUUACUAGUAUUGAACAACAAAAUGAAAACACUGUUGAUGAGGUUAAUGCUGACCAAAAAAAAGAUCAGGGUGAACUGGUUAUAUUUGGUGACAUUGGUCCAGAAGAAAUAACUACAGAAACAUCUCAAGAAAUUUCACAGCCUCAUGAUGAUCAUGAGAAAUGUAAAUCAAAUCUUAUGACUACUGAUAUUUCGUUGGGUGAAAAGAAAGUUGGGAUUUGUACUGAUAGUAUAAAGUCAGUGGGAGAGAAUUCGGAUGUUUCAACCAAAUAUAAUAUUGAUCAGACCGAUAUUGAUAAUUCACAUCAGCUGUCAAUUUGCACUUCUGAAAACCUUUCAGAUAUCUCAGAUUUAAGCGAUCAAUUUGAAAAAGUAAUUGAAUCAGAGUCCGUUGAGAAAAUAAGCAGCCAGAAUAAGACAGAAGUUAGUUCAGCUACAAAAGAAACAGGUUUCACAACUUCCAUGAAUGAUCAAAGUAAAAUAGUUGAAACUGACAUUGAAACGAACCUACGCUCAACCAGUAUACUUUUAGAUGAUAGAGACAAUCUCGCAUCAGUAAACAAAAUCUCUACUUUAUCAAGUGAAGAAGGCCGAUCACUAAAAAAAAAUAAAAAUCGGCUAGAAAAACAAAAGUUAGGUGAGAUCAAAUCAAAUAGUUCAAUGCAAGACCAGAAUCAAAAGAUCAAUAAACCUGUGAAGUCCGAUAAACAUGGCACUGUUGCAAAGCAUGCUCCUUUGAAACAUUCUCUUGACUUUGAUAGGGUUGAUGAAGUGACUUCAAGUGAACAAAUUGAAUCUAACUGUUCAGAUGAGGUAAAUCAGACGACUGAAAUGAACAGUAGUAAAACUAACUGCAAAACAAAAAAAGUUUUACUUAUACCUCUAGAGUCUUUGAAAAUUAAAAAACAUAAAAUCAAGAUUAUAGAAUGUGAAAAAGUACAGAGCAAAGUGACCAGAGAUGAACUAAAUCAAACAGGAAUGUGUUCAACUUCUGAAGAGAAUAUUUCUCUCAUUGAAGAAGUAUGCCCUGUUGUACAAGAUCGACCCCAAGUGAAAACCACAAAAGAUUCGGAGAAUGUCAACAAAAAAGAUGAGAUUUCAACUGGAAAACAGCAAACUAAAUCUAUCUCAACCUCUCCAAAAGUUACUCGAGAAACAGAUGCCUUAAAUGUUUCAGGAAACAGUAAAAAAAUAAUUGAUGAAGGAAUUGAAAUUGAAAGUGUCAGAAAAAAAUCUCGAUCAAGAUCAAAAUUACAGCAAAAUAUUGAUGCCAAUUGUAGUAAGAAAAGUGCACAAUGUAGUUCCAAUAAAAAAAUAUCAAUUUCUACUGGUCUUAACGUUUGUGACCAAUUUUCUUCAGAAACAAAUAAAUAUCGAGAUGAAAAACAAAUUGAAGUUUGUGAAAGUAAAUCACCAAAAGGAAGAUUGAAACGAUCUAAUUCAAAGUUAUAUGACAACAGCUUUGUCAAGGAAACUGAAACUCCCACUAAAAAGUUGAAAAAAAGUCAUGACAAAAUUCUUUCUAAAUCAUAUCCACAUGCGAAUGUAGAAAAAGAAAUAAGUGAAGAUAAUUUGAAAGAUAGUAAAGUAUAUCCAAAUAUAGAAAUAAGAUCUCUAUCCAGUACUCAAGCAGAUAUUUCGAAAUUUGAUAAUGAAGAGGUUACAAAAGAUCAAAAGAAUAAAAUACACACUGAAACAGUUUGUGAAAAAUCUGAGAAAGUAACCGAAUCUGAGCCAAAUUCAGACCCCAAAGGAACAACUCAACUUCAACAAACUAUAAGUACAGAGGUGACUAAAGGGCAGUUAGAGUUGCAUCCAAAGAUUGAUAUUUCAAAUGACUCAGUAAUAUUGAUUAGCCCUCAAAAAUUAUAUUUAGAUGAUAAUAAGGAUAAGAAUAUAUCAUGCUCUCAUGAUGAGAUAACUGAUGGUCUAGAGCAGAGUGAAGUGUUAAAUGUUUUCAAAAAUAUUGAAGAAACUUGUUCUGAGAAAAAUGAGACAGUAUUUGAAAAUGAUGCUUCCACAAAUAAUCCAGAAUUUUGUUCAAACGUUGUAGGGGACACCACUAAACCUGUCGAUAUCAACACAAUUGAACUGAAUUCUUGUUUGGAAACUGAAAUAACUACUACAGUAUCAGAUGAUGUGAAUAAAACUUCAGAAGAAUCCCAUCACAACUCGCCAUUUGAAGCUGUGAAUACUUGUGAAAAAACACAACAUGAUUUUGACCUUGAAGAUAAGGAUUCUUGUAGUCAUCAGUCUUUUCAUAAAAUUGUACCAGACCCACAUGCAGAAGAAAUUGAAAAGUCUGCCAUUUGUAUAUUAGAACAACCACAGGAUAUUACUUCACAUGAAAUAAAAAUUUUCAGUCAUGACCAGGGUGACAUGAAUUUCUAUGCUGCAGUUGUAGAAAAUCAGUCUAUAGUUGAAAAUGAAAGCACAAGUAUUGAUGAGAACACUAAAACGUCAAAUUCAAUCCAAUUUUCAUUAGAAAAUGGAAAUGAAAUAUUUAAUGUUACUGUUGAUAAAAUCACUUCAACUCCUGGAGAUUUUGAAUUCAGUAACGCCAAUAUAGCUGCAAAUGAGAAAACUGAAACAACUAGCAACACCCAUUUGACCCCAGCAAACGAAAAUGAAAUCUCCAUUCCAGCUAUCGAGAACAUCACUUUACUAACAUCUAAUGAUUUUCAAUUCGACAAUACCAAUAUAUUAGUGUGCGAGAACGCUUCAUCUUUUGAUAAGCUUGAAUUGCUGCAAAGCACUGAUGAGAAAAAGCAGCCAGUUUUUUCUCAAAAACUUGAUGUAAUAACACAUUUUUUGAAUCAGGAAAGACGAGCAGGGUUCGUUGUUAUAUCUGAAGGUGACGCAAGUAUUUCUGAGGGUCAUUCCAGUAGAGAUGAAGUAUGUAUUUCAAAAGAAUCUGGUGAGAAAGAUUCAGAAGUUCAAAAAAGAGUUUCUCAAUCUAUCGAAGUAACGGACGGAAAGUCAGAAAUAACUUCUUUCACUAACAGUUCAAUAUCAGAAGUACAAAAAACAGUGAAAAUAGUUGAACCUGAAGAAACAUUGAGAAAUUCUCAUCUCACCAAGAGUCGUAAAAGAAAACUACAGGAUCUACCAAUACCAGAUAAAACAACUCACGAAAUCAGUUCUAGAAAGACAACCAUGAGAGAAUUGUCAAUACUUAUAGAUAACUCGAUUGCAAUUACUAAAUCCUCACCUUUAUCUGGUUCUCCAAGGAAACGAGAGAGAAAAUCUAUUGAGUCUGUAGUAAGUCACUUGAAAGAGAAGGAAAUCAGUUCUGUUGCUUUAAUGGAACCUACACAAAGUGCUGAUAAUAGCUGUGUUCCAAAAAAAGAAGAUAAUGAUAAUAAUAUACAUUUCAAUGCAUCUUUAUUGUUAAAAAGUGAUGAAAUUCCAGAAAUUGAUUCUGAAGUUGUGGUUUCCUCUGAUCAAUCUGCUCUCAUUUCCUUUUCGACGACAAAUGUAUCUGGUAGUAAUGAAUUGUUGAGCAGUAGCUCUACAGGUUCUUAUGAGAAUAAAUAUUCUGGUCAAGAUGAACCUCUGGAACAAUCCUCAAGUAUUGAAAAAGUUCUUGAUUGCACUCAGGAAGUGAACCAGUACCAACUUCUUCCUUCCGAAGAAAUUUUGGGAAUAAUGGACUCCAGACAAUCCCCAAAAGUAGAAGAGACGAGUGAGCCAUCAUCUCUAGCUAUAAACAACUGCUCGAAUUUGACAAUAAAAACUCAAAAUUCCAAUUCCAUAGAAGUUUCGAGCACCUCACCUGCAAAUGAUGAAGAUGUUGCAGAGAUCUUCAAAAACUUGAAAAAUUUAAAACAUUUCGGAAAAGCUACUUGCUCCAGAUUGGAAAAUAGCGCUAGUUCAUUUAUUCGCACUUCCAUUAUGUCUUCACAUGCUAACAUUAUUGAUGACAAAACCGAUUUCACCCAGAUGGCUGCAGAAGAACCUUCUGCUGAGCGUAACUCUGCAUUUGGUAUGGAGCAACAGGUAACAGUUCCUCGGGAUUCUUGUUCUAAAAACGACAGUCUGUCAAAACUUGAACAUUACAUGGAAUCACAUAGAGUUUCACCUACUAUUUCAUCUUCAACUAUCAAUAAUUCCAACAAGCAGAUUGCAAGCACGUCUGAUGUGUCUCUGAAUUACCACGAUAUUUCUCCAACUAAGAUUACCAUUGGUAGUUCACAAACCUUAGAUUUAAUUACGACACAAAACUAUCAGCUCAACCAAAACAGUUUGGGACAAAUUUCGAGAUCAAAUAGUUUCAUUACAGGCGUUUAUGGAUCAUCAAGUGAGAUUACUGAUAUGAUUCCAGUAUCCAAGCAAUCAGAAUUUACGCAGACCUUCACACCAAUUACUAAAAUAACAGAAAUCAAAGUAAGCUAUGAGGAGAACAACAGCGACCAUAGUUAUUAUAAUACUGCUGACCCUGUUAUGAGCGUUGCUGGAGAAGAUAUUUUCCCGAAAGUUAUCAAUGAUGCUUCUUCAGAAUUUUCAACAAAUGACAAUCCAAUGUCAGAUUUUGAAUUACCCUAUGAUUUUUCAGAACUAUUAAAUACAAAACAGGAUUCUGAAGAAAAGGACUGUGAAGGAAAAGACUCAGAGUCAAACCAAAAUGAUGAUUACAAACUGAGAAUGGAGAAUGAUACAAUCACUCAAAAUUUAGUAGAGAUAGCAAUGCAACCGAAGGAAAUAAACAAACUGAUUGAUCUCAUUGACUGUGAUAUAUCUACAGAAAACAGUGACAGAAUAGAAUCUGAUUAUACACCUGAACCUACUCGAGGCAGUCGUUCGUGGGAUCAUAUCGGUGAGACCGAUCAAAGUACUCAAAAGGUUAUUGUUUUGCCUAAUAAUCAUUGUUUAACUGAAACAUAUGAUAUGCCUCAUUCUGAUCUUUUGGAAAAUGAUCAGAGUACUCAAAAAGUUAUUGUUCUACCCAAUAAUCACUGUUUGACACCUACAUUCAACAUGUCUGACAAUGAUACUUUCAACUCAUUCCAAGGGAUGACUUCUGAAACACAAUUUCCUAGUUCAUCAUCAUUUAAAUUUGAUGGAAUCAAUUCUGCUUCGAAACAAAUAUCAUGUGCACCAAUGACUAAAAAAGUUUGCUCUGCAACUACUUCAAAUAUGAAGGAUUCUAAGAAAAGUUCUAUAGUGGAUUCGGAAAAACUCAAAAAGGUAAAGACAACCACUCCGAUGAAUACAGAGAAAGUCCGGAAAGUAGUACAAACAGAUAUGCUACCAACCAGAAGUUACAGUAGAACUAGACCAGCCAAAUGGAUCAAAAGUUCAAAUCAACCUUCCAGCAACAACUCCAAAGUGAUUCAGUCAACUUCUCUGGAUAAACACGAGUCUAAAACAAAAUCCCUAAACAAUAAUUCACAAGAAGUUGUUUCUACAGACAAUCUGUUAGAAUUAUCAUUCUCUAAGUCAGCUCGAAUUCUUCCAGAAAAGCCAAUUGUUAUUAAAGGUAUUUCAGCAAAUGAAGACGUUGGAAUGAGCAAAAACGUGAAUGCACAGUCUAAUUAUCUUUGUCGUUUGGAGAACAUCAAGGAACAAAAUUCACGAACAGUUCCAAAACCUGAUAUCCUACAAGUUAAGACGACCAUCGGUAAAGCAGAGAUACUUUUGAAGACAGUGAAUAAUUUGGAGCAGGAGAAAAAAUCAUCAAUUUCUCAAUCAUCUGUUGUUGACAAGCACAGAAAGAGUAGUGUUCCAUUAAAAUAUUGUUCUGUUAACACUUCGAAUCAGGCUAUUGCUUCCAAAAUACCGUCCAGUACUCCUAAUACCGCUCUAAUAUCAAAGUCACCUGUCUCAAGUUCAAUAAUGAAGUAUGAACAAAAUAAAGUGAAACCGAAAGACGAUGCAAUCUCUAAUACGAACCACAGCAAUGCAAACAGAAAUUCUCAUCCUACUGGUCCCAAAGAUUUUCUUGAACAGGACGCUGUCUUACCGAACAUUGCUGACAUUGUGAAAUCUCGAAAAAGAGUGCAAACUAAUCUGUACUCAUCAAGAGUACCUUCAGAAGAAUUUUCAAGAAGUUUAUCACAUUCUAGGCCUAAAAGAAGAAAAAUUGCAAUGGAGCCGAGCCUCAAUGAGAAAGCUACCACUAACACAAAGGCUAAAAGUUCAGCUGUAGAAUCACCAAGGUCUGUAUUAGAAGACUUUGAAGAGGACACCGAUAAGCGAAUCAAUAGCAGAAAUUCUUCUAGGAAAUCGUUAGAUAUAAAUACAGAAAUUGAUGAUCCGUUAAGAAACCGUUUGAAGGCAGAUGGAGCUACACACAAUCCUCAUUUUUUUGGUAUUGCUAGUAAGUAUUCAAUGAAUUAUUCAAUUGAGAGAAUAUUAAGCAAAGAUAAUGACUCGAAGCAAAAGCACCAUAAUGAAAGUACAGUUAAAGAUUCUAGGCAACGGGAGGGUCGUGAAUUUAGAAGAGGCUCUUCUAGCGUACCGGAUAGAAGUGAACCUGAAGUGUGUAAAUCAGAUGAUCAAGUUCCAGAAGAUCCUUUCGAUAGGCUCCUCAAACAGAAAAGUAUAAACCCUCACUUUUCUAACAAAGCGAGCACUAGAGAAAAGGAACGUAAUUAUGAGUCAGAUUUGGUAUAUAAAAUUAAAGAAAAAAGUUUUAUUAAUGAAAAAUCUCAUCGAGAUAGACCAAUAAGGGAGGAAGCGAAAAGAGUGUCUGGUAUUUCUCACGACCGAAGAUCUCAGGAAAGGGACAUUAGAGAGAGUUAUAAGCGAUAUCCCAAUUAUCAGACACAUGGAAGUAGGGAUUCCUACAUGUCAGAACAUAGAAGAAGUAGUGGUAGUCAUUAUCAGUCUACAGGGUCCAGCAAGCAUAAUAGUUCGAGGCAGCCAAGUCGUUACCUGGGGAGUAGUUCUAGUCGACCAACUGUAUACCACCAAUAUUCAAGAACACCUCAACAACAGAAACCCGAAAAUUCCAGAUCUAGUUUGUUUUCUCCUAGGCAUAUUACUGAAGAAGAACAACCUGAUUGGGCGGAGAGAUUGAUUAACAAAGGGUUUUUUGACCCACCAAGUGAGGGUACUCCUCAGUUUUUUCCUCGAAAGAUUCACAGGGUGGCUCAAAAAGCAUCAGAUGAAACGCACUGGAAAUUAGGCAACUACUCAUAUAAGUACUAGGUGAAUGAAUGAAUCCAACAAGAAUGCUUUCAAGACAAGGACAUAAGAACUAUUCCUAGUUCUUUUUUUAAAGAACUGAGGGGCAUGGAUCUUGAGUAGCUAGUCAUUUUUAACCUCCAUGGAGAAACUGUUUAUUGAUGAAAUAGACUGUAUCUUAAUUGAAGGAGUAUGUGAAUUGACUAAAUGUGGUAUAAUUUAUAACUUGAAGUACCCAACUUUACUAUUUCUUCUGAACAUCUAUUGAAUCCUAGUGGCUUCCAACGUUUUAGAAAAACUUUGUCUUCUCAAGAAGAAGUUUCUAAUAAAUUUUAUAAUGCUGCA